GAUUAUAAUAACCAUAAUAAUAAUAAUCAUUAUUAUUAUGGUUCAUCAUCAUCAUCAUCAUAUCCAUUAUCAAAAUAUUUUGGUAAAAAUCUACAUACAUUUAUAACAAAUUGUACGGAUACAAAUUUUAAUAAUUUAAAUUUUAUAUUAACAUUAAUACCAAAUAAAACACAAGUAUUGAUUUUAAAUGGUAAUAAUUUUAAUCAAUCAAUGAAAAUUACUACAACAGAUAAAUUACCAAGCUUAAAUAAAUUAUUAAUGUUGGAUUUAUCAAGAAAUCAAAUUAAACACGUUGAUAAUCAUCUAUUUGAUCGAAUGACCAAUAUUGAAACAUUAAUAUUAAAUGAUAAUCAAAUUGAUUUUAAUUUAAAUAAUGAUUCAAAAAUAAUGUUUAAACAAUUAAAACGUUUAGAAGAAUUACAUCUACGUAAUGCAACUGAUAAUAAAAAAUCAUCAUCCGAAUCUGAAUCAUUAAUAUCGAUUAUAAUGAAUAAUCAACUGAAACAAUUGAAAAUAUUAAACGUUGAAUCAAAUCAAAUUGAUCGUAUCGAUAAUGAUAAUGAAAAUAAUAAAUUAUUCUGUUCAUCACCACAAUUACGACAAAUAUUAAUGAAAAAUAAUCAAUUAAAUAAAUUUCAUCAAAAUUUAUCCUGUUUAACGGAAUUAUCAUUAUUAGAUUUAAGUAAUAAUCAAUUAAAAAUUAUUAAUAAUCAAACAAUACAAUCAUUAUUAUCAUCACAAUCAUUAUCAUAUCAUAUAAAUAUUAGUGAAAAUCCAUUCAAUUGUGAUUGUAAACAAUUAGAUUUUUAUCGAUUUUUACAUAAACAAUUAGAAAAAAAUAUUUUUGAUCAUAAUCAUUAUCAACAACCAACAUUUGAUUGGUUAGAAGAAUAUCGUUGUAAUCGUACUGGUAAAUAUUUAGAUGAUAUGAAAGAAAAUGAUUUUAUUUGUGAUAAUCAUUCUCAUAAUGAAAAUAAUAAUAAAAAUGAUUGGUUAAUGGAAGAAAAUGAAAUAUCAAUGAUCAAUCUAAUCGGUACAGAACCAACAAUGAAUGAACAGGAAAAAAAAUCAGCCAUUGAACGUUAUCGUUUUUAUGUUACAUUAUCAUAUUUUAUAAUAACAUUUUUAUUAUUAUUAUUAUUAUUAUUAAUUUGUGUAUUAAUAUAUACUAAUCGUAGUUAUUUACAAAUAUUUUGGGAAUUUUUUUUCACCUGUUGUUGUUGUUGUUGUUGGAAUUUAAAACGAGAUUAUCAAGCAUUGGAUAAAAAUAAUUCAUCACAACAACCGCAACGAAGAAGACAAUCAUCGUUAAAUCAAUGGUGGCAACAAAUUCAACAACGACGACCACGACAAUCAUCAAAAAUCUAUGUUAAUGAUCAAUCAUCAUAUCGUUGUCAUUAUACAACCAAUAAUGAUAAUGAUGAUGAUGAUCGAAAAAAUAAUCAACGUUAUUUUAUACGCCAUAAUGAUCAUCAGCAUCAACAAACCGAUAUUGCUGAAGAACAACUUUGAAUUUAUAAUUUUUUUUUAUAAUUUUAAUUUACUUUUUUUGGAAUACUUUUAAUAUUAAAUAAUUUUUUUUUUAUAAUAAACAUUCUACUAACUACAAUGUUUUGAAUAUUGGAUGACUAAAU